UCUUUCUCCUCUCUCUCAUGAUUUACCUGGUGAUGAUGUUUGGCAACCUCCUUGUUGUUGUGCACCAGUGACAGAUCAGCAUCUUCACACGCCCAUGUACUUCUUCCUGGAGAAUUUCUCCAGUAUGCAAAUCUGCUAUACCUCCACUAUCCUGCCCAGGCUGCUGGCCAGCUUCCUAACCAGGGACAGAACAAUUCCUGCUCAAGGCUGCGUGACACACUUCUUUUUCUUUGGCUGUUUUGCAGGUACUGAGUGAUAUCUGCUGGGCACCAUGUCUGAUGAUCAAGACAUGGCCAUAUGUCAACCCCUGAUCUACACAAGCCUCAUGGAGGGGAAAGUCUGUCUUCAGCUGGUGGCUGGCCCUUGGCUAGGAGGAUUACUGAUGGCUACCAGAGUCACUGGGCAUUUCUCGAGGUUACAGUUCUGUGGUCCCAAUGAAAUGAAUCACUUCUUCCGUGGUUUUGCCCCAUUGCUGGAGCUUGCCUGCAGUGACACCAGGGUGCUCAGACUGGUUACCUUCCUAAUCUGUGUCCUGGAUGUAGUCUUCCUCUCUCUGUUCCCAUUGGGAUCCUACAUCCGCAUCAUAGCUGCCAUCCUGAGGCUAACCACCAUGGGGAGGCAGAAGGCCUUUUCCCCCUGCUCAUCUCACUUCAUUAUGGGCAGUGUUUUCUACAGCACCCCCAACGUUGUCUACAUGGUACCCAGGACAACCCCACUGAGACAGCUCAACAAAGUGCUCUUCUGUUUCUACACCAUCCUCACGCCCAUGGUCCAUCCCCUCCUCUACAGCCUGGGGAGCAGGGAAGUCAAGAGGGCUCUUGGGAAUGCACUCAGAAAAAACAUGGCCUGAAUUCAUUGAGAGCUCAUACUAGUUGUGAUCCCCCAGAAAAGAACAGGUUGUGGUUGAGUCAAGUGUGGACAAAUCAUAAGUGUGGACAAAAAAAAUAAUUUGUCCAUCUGGUAUAACGUUACAAGUGCAGAAUCUUGCAGGUGACCUAUUGGACUGCUCAGUGACCUACUGAGCUGCUUGGAUCCCCACAAGUCCAUGGGACCAGAUGGGAUCCACCCAAGGGUGAUGAGGGAGCUGGCAGAAGAGCUGGCCAAGCCUCUCUCUGUCAUCUACCAACACUCCUGGCUCACUGGGGACAUCCCAG